AUGUCUUCCCAGCGAAGAGCUUUCGUCCUGGAUUUCGAUGGAACAAUAACAACUAAGGACACAAUCUCCACACUUCUCAACUUCGCUCUUUCAACCCAAGCUUCUAACAAGAAAGAUCUGACGGCGGCUCGGGAUGAAAUCGUUGCGAAGUACGGCAAGGACUACUCGAAGCACGUGAAAGACUACUGUCCCGUGAAAGAAGAAAGGAAGACCCUAGCAAGAGAAAUCGAGUACUAUCGAUGUCUCCAUGAUGUGGAAACCCGGAGCUUUGAGCGGGUGAGUAACUCUGGAUUGUUCAGGGGCAUUUCAAGCAGUGAGUGGGAAGUAUUUGGAAGCCACGCGGUAAAGACAGGGGAAGUGAUUAUCAGGGGCGGAUUUGGUGAUUUUGUUGAGAGAGUCAAUAUGUCCGGAGGGAUAUGGGGUGUGGUCUCAGUGAAUUUCUCAAGCCAUUUCAUCCGUGGAGUUCUGGCAAGCGCCGGCGUGGACGCCUCCGAGGUAGAAGUCAUUGCCAACCAUCCAGAUGAAAAUGGUAUCCUUUUGGGACCUGAGACUCGCGAAAAUCGGUCGGUUAUGGCAACUUCAGAUGACAAGUUGGCUUCGAUGAAGGCCAUGUUGAAUUCAUGGAGAAGUAAAACGGGAGGAAAUUUCUCGAAAGUAGUUUACGUAGGCGAUUCUGGGACUGAUGUCGAGUGUUUGACUGCAGAAGGAACGACUGGGAUUGUCAUAGCUGAAGACAGAGACAGCAACCUGAUGGAAACGCUGGAUCGGGUGGGAGUGGACGUCGAGCAUGUUGAUGUAUACCGAGAAGGACAAGAGUCAAGAGUCUACUGGGCUCGAGACUUCAGAGAGAUACUUGAGAAUUCUUUCCUCGUGUCACAGCAAAUAUCAAAAUAG